CACAGGCUCAGGUCUCUCCAUAGCGCACCGAUCCGCUGCUCACCAGGAGGCCAGGAGACACUUAGAUUAGAAAUAUUAAAUUAGUUGUUUUUUUUAUUUACAGGAUUUAGAGAAGACUUCUUAUGCCCGUGUGUGUGUGUGAGUGAGAGAGAGAGAGAGAGAGAGAGAGAGAGCGUGUGUGAGUGAGUUUCAUGCACUGAGACUUUCUGGAGCCGGAAUGAACACAUAACCAACACCAGCGCGCAUCAAGAGGCAUUUGGGAAGAGCGCGCGGAGAGUGUGUGAGAGUGUGUACGCCUGCGUGUUUCAUGCCGUGUUUGUGGGACACUGUGGACCUUAUGGACCUAAAGGAAGGGAUGAACCGGUCCGGUGUGAGCGAGCCCACCGCGGGAUGGUGUGAGAACGGCACGGAGGAGGUGGCGGCACCGGGGAAGCUGGCGCUCGGCAUCGGCGCGGACAACGUGGUCGCGCUGCUCGCGUUCGCGCUCAUCUUCGCGCUGGGCGUCCUGGGCAACUCGGUGGUGAUCGCGGUGCUGGCGCGCAGACGUCCCGGGGCGCCGCGCGGCACCACCAACAUCUUCAUCCUGAACCUGAGCGUGGCUGACCUGUCCUACCUGCUCUUCUGCGUGCCCUUCCAGGCCACCGUGUACGUGCUGCCCACUUGGGUGCUGGGCGCGUUCCUCUGCAAGUUUACGCACUACUUCUUCACCGUCUCCAUGCUCGUGAGCAUAUUCACGCUCUCCGCCAUGUCCGUGGAUCGCUACGUUGCCAUCGUGCACUCGCGCAGGUGCUCCGGAGUGCGCGUGGCUCGACACGCCGUGCGCGCCAUCGCCGUGAUCUGGACGCUGUCGCUGGCCAUGGCGGCGCCCGUGGCGCACUACCAGAACAUCAUCGAGCACGACGGGAACGCCACGUACUGCUGGGAGCUGUGGCCGAGCGCGCGGGACCGGAAGAUCUACGUGGUGUGCACGUUCGUGUUCGGCUACGUUCUGCCGCUACUGCUCAUCUGCUUCUGCUACGCCAGUGUUUUAAACCACUUACACAAAAAGCUGAAGAACAUGUCCAAAAAAUCAGAGGCAUCGAAGAGGAAGACGGCACAGACAGUAUUGGUGGUCGUGGUGGUGUUCUGCCUCUCUUGGCUCCCUCAUCACAUCGUCCAUCUGUGGGUGGAGUUCGGCUCAUUCCCUUUGAACCAAGCGUCUUUUAUGUUCCGCGUCAUUGCGCACUGCCUGGCCUACAGCAACUCCUCGGUCAAUCCAAUCAUCUACGCUUUCCUCUCUGAAAAUUUCCGGAAGGCAUACAAGCAAGUGUUCAAGUGCCAGAGCAACAGGGGAUCUCCGUCCAACGAUGUUAAAGGAGUACGCAGCAAAGCCGAGACUCCACCGAUCACCAACUGUACCAGCGUUUAAUGGAUACACACUGCGUGUCAAAAUGAAAAAAGCAGUUUCUUUCUGAACAUAAUAAAGCCUGACCUGGGCUAAGGACCAUGAAAGACAGUUAAACUACUAUAUGUACAUAAAGCUUCCCUUAUGCAGAGUGUACAGUAUACAAUCUUUGCCCUAAUUUUCCUGCCUGUCCUCACGUGAUGUGAUUUCCACUGCCGGGUUUCCAUGUCAACAUCCACCUAGUAGUAAAUGCGGCCAUUUAGCGCAUGAGAGGAAACUCUUGGUGGAUGAAACAGGAACAAGUCAAAGGACUGUGGGCAUUGUGAAGGGUAUUUUGUGUGGACAGAAAAUGAGAACAUUGACGUUGAAGAUCUGAAGCUUUGCCUUUACGAUCUGUGCUGGUGAUCCCUUCUGGUCAGAGGAAAUAUAAUUUAUGCAGUAGAGCAAUUGUGUGCUUUUCAAAGCCUUGUCAUGAACAUUAGACAUUGACAGCUCUAACUGCAGCUCACUUUCUUCAUCCAAACAGUCAAUGUGUCCAGUCUUGCUCCACCAUGUCUCCUAUGGGAACAUGGAGAAAAAGGAUGGAUGGACACCUAUUACUCUCUCUGACCUCUUUAUUUAUCUCCCCAUAGAGCUUGACGAGGUUACGUUCAGGUGACCGGACUGGCUGUACUGUUAAACACAAUACUGCCACUGUAAUGCCUGGCCUCAAACUCAGGAUACAGAGUUUAAUCAUCAAUAAAACACUCAAUCCAUAAAAUAAAUCAUAAGCCAACAGUAUAGUGUGGUGUCAAACACAAACAUGAGUCCAAUGACUAUCUAAAUGGGUGAUCCAAAAGUGCCCAAAACCCCAGCAAAGAUCAGAGAGAAACACCAAACGAAAUAAGACAACAUUGAUGAUGUGUGUAUAGUAAAUUUUUAAAACCCCAAGAACCAUAAAUGAUCAUGUUCUGUAAUAAUGUUCAUAUUAGUUUUGUAUGCACCAUGUCCUGUAAAAGUCUGGUCAUUUGCCAAUGUCUAUAUGAAUUUGACCACACUGUCUCCCCUUUCAAUGUAAAGUAAGUGGAGCUAAUCUUGUGUAAAUCUACAUAAGCUUGUCCUUGAACGCUCACAAGGUUGUUGUUUCUUGUCAUCUCCCACAUUGUAUUUAUCAAAUACAAUGUAUACACACAUGUAUGUUGUCAACCUGGUGAGUGAAAACUAGCCCAGAACUCUAAUUCAGAAGCAAGCUAGUUUGUAAAAACCUACCUGAAGUGAAAGUUAACUAGUGUGUGAAAGCUAUCCUAGCAAGAAAAAGUGUGCCUACCAGGUAAUCGACACUAACUAGUGAGUAAAAGCUUAUCUAAAAAUCAAAAGAGUUAAAUGAAACAACGCAAAAGCUAAUCAGUGACCAAAAGCCAAUCUAGCAAGAUAAAGCACCAACCCUCCCAAUGAUCAAACUCUAACUACUGAGUAAAAGCUAAUCUUGCAAGAAAAGCCUUCCCUUAGAAGCGAUAGCUAACACAUGAAACAUCAAACAUGUCUUGACUACAUUAUGUUCAUUUCUCUGAACUAUUGCUUUAAAAUAAGAGUGCUGGAAAGCUCCAACUAAACCAUAACAUCAUCAUUCUCUCUGAUAUGGUUUAACAUGUGUCUAUACAAAAAUGGUUCCUUUCUAUUCAAACUUUCACAAUACGUCUAGCAUGUUUACUGAAUAAGUUUCACUGCAUAUAGGAUCCAACGCUGUAAAUAUUAACUUUCGUGCAUAUUUCAUAUGUGUAUGUGUUUACUGUGCCUUUAUUUAUGACCUUAUGACAUUGUCGUAUAUUAUUGAGAGGAAAAAUGUGUGUAUGCCUCUUUUCAUGGAGUACCUCAUGUGAAACUGUGUAUUCAGCCACUUGGCUACUGUAAUGAUACAUAAGUUGCUUAUUUCUGGUGAAGUCAAUAGUGUGUGUUUAACCUGAAACUGAGGCACACACCUGAAUAUUAAAGUGUGAAUUAAAGUGUGUGUGUCUGGCUAAAAUGAGUACUAUGAUUAUUUAGCUCAUUAUUGAAAACACAAAUAUUUAGAUUUAUCACAAUUAUUCAGGCAGGCUCUGCUUGAUCAUUUUAUCUCAACAGAAAACUGCCCUUUUUCACAUUGUACAAUAUAAGCCUGUAUUCUUUCGCAAACAAUCCCUAAAUCACAAUACGUUCAAGUGUAAAGUGAAUAAAGUGUACAGCAUUUGGAGGUAUCCAUUCCGUAGCUUGUAACUACAGUCAGAGCUGCAGGUUUCUGGUCCUCUAAAGCUGCCUCAUCUCUUCUCUUCUGCUUUGGUGAGUGUAUUUUUUUUAUACAUUACUAGCACCUCUUCUUUCAUAGAACGCUCUGGGUGCCCAUUACCAU